GUCGAUCGCACGUUGUAGGGCGAGCUAUAGGCUUGCCGCACGAGAAAGAUCAAUGGUGGCCAUCUCAGCCCCAUGCGCAGCUACGUGUUGAACCUGUUUCUGGAAGAGCACUGUGGCCAGCCAGCGGGAUGGGAACGCAUCACGAACCUCGGAUACGCAGUCUCGUAUUGACAAGCAAAGCCAGGAAGCUCUGUCCUGUCUGGUUCGAGUAUCGUCUUCCAGGAUUUUCCGUCACGCAUCUGGCUCUGAACCCCGCUAUUGCGCUGAACAUCUUCGUUUCGAUCCCGCGUCGGCUAUGCCUUUUUUUUUCUUUUAAGAAGAAGUUUAGAAGAAAAAAGAAAGGCAUGUCCUAUGACAUUGAGGGAUACACGGCUAUCUCCCAAUCCAAGACGCGGAAUAAUAACACCCUCCUCAAACUGAGGAAGUCCCGUCAAAUCUGGUUUGAGUAUGGUCAUCCAGGAAUCUCCUUCACUCAUCUUGCUUUGAACCCCGCUAUUCCACUAAACUUCAUCUUCAUCUUCGUCUCAGCUCUCGAGCCUGCGUCGGCUAUGCCUUUUUUUUUUUUUAACGUAAGUGUUAAGAAAAACAAAAGGCGUGUCCUAUGUGAGGGAUACACCGAUAUCUGGCCUCUAAAUUCAAGGCGUGGACUGGUGACACAAUAGCACCCUCAACGUAUUGUACAUUGCUUCGCGUGUAAAGUGC